CUCACGUCUAACAAAAAAUUCCAUAGAAAAAAACCAAAAAAAAGAAGAAAAAAAAAACCAAAAACUGUCUUAAACAAAGAUUACAAUGGCUCUAAGUGAGAUUAAGACAUUAUCUCUUAUCUUGGCUCUAAGCCUGUUCUCUUUGAAGGCAGGUUCUAGCCCUCUUGGAGCCCGUCGUAAUCUUUUGGGUGGCAAUGAGGCAGUUUUUGAUGUUACCACCUUAGGCGCUAAGGGAGAUGGAAAAUUUGAUAAUACCCAGGCAAUGAUAAAGGCAUGGAAUGCAGCCUGCAAAGCACCAGGACCAGCACCAAGGACGCUUCUUUUCCCCACCGGAAACUUUAUGUGCGGCGAAGUAGUAUUUCAGGGCCCAUGCAACGGACCGAUGACGAUCGAAAUCCAGGGAACAAUCACCGGCAGCACCGAUCUCAGUCUCUACACACAAGGUGUUUGGAUCACCGUUGAAGAUAUCACAGGCGUCUUCGUCACCGGCGGAGGUACCCUCGACGGCAAAGGUGACGAGGUUUGGCAAUUUGCCCCGAAGAAUGGCGGUGGUGACGAUCUCCUCCCCGUCUCUAUUCAAUUCUCCAAAGUAACACACGGUUCCAUCAACAACAUCAAGAUAUUGAACAGCAAAGGCUUCCACUCAAAGGUGACAUGGAGUACUGACGUCACCGUGUCGAACCUCAACAUUGUAGCUCCCGGUGAUAGCCCCAACACUGACGGCCUCCACAUCAGCAGCUCGUCCAACGUUAACGUCACCAACAUCCUUGUCGGGACCGGGGAUGAUUGCAUCUCAAUCGGCGAAGGAAACACCAACGUUCUUGUCUCUAACGUGACUUGUGGACCAGGACACGGUAUCAGUAUUGGAAGCUUGGGCAAACGCCCUAACGAAAAGAAUGUGAAAGGAAUCAAGGUUGUAAACUGCACAUUGACCAACACAACCAAUGGGGCCAGAAUCAAAACCUACCACGAUUCACCAAAGCUUUCAGCUAUGGGAAUCGUUUAUGAAGAUAUCGUGAUGAACCAAGUCACCAAUCCAAUCAUCAUCGAUCAACAUUACGCUUCUAAGAAAAACCCCACCCCAUCCAAUGUGCAGAUCUCCGACGUUCACUUCAGGAACAUCCGGGGAACCUCCAACUCGCCGGUGGCAGUGACUCUAAACUGCAGCGAAGCGGUCCCAUGCCAAGGCGUCGAAUUGGCCGACAUCAACCUGGCUCCGUUCAAGCCCGGCCAAACUCUCUCCUCAACAUGUUUCAAUGCCAAACCCACCAUCACCAGAAUCGAAAACAUUGGUCUUGCUGGCUGCGGUUCUAAAUAGAUCAUCAUCAAAUGAUCAUCAUGCAUCUAUCUAAUAUAAUUUUAGGUGGAACACAAACACCAAAAAAAACGAGUAAUAAUUAGAAUACAAAUUUAAUGUAUGAGAGUGUAAUUAAAAAAAUUAGCCAUGCAAAUGUUUUGCAUGCAUGGUUUUGUAUCGUUCUACAAUUUUAAUGCCUAAAAUAGGUGGAACAACUACAAGGAGAAGAAAAAAGAAAAACUCAUAUUUAAUUACUAAAUCAAAUGUACAUCUCUUUCUGUUCCUUUUUGUUUUUUCUUCUUUCCUCCUUGAAGUCUUUACAUGGGUUGGACUCAGCAUUAUUUACAUGUGAGUCCCCCGGUAUGACUGUUUCUGUAUGAAAUUUUGGAGGAUUUUGAAAAAUAAAUUGAUACUUUAUACAUAUAUUUUCAAAGA